AUGAAAAAAAAAGAAAGUGAAGUAUCUCAAAAGUUAUAUGCAUACUCUAGCAAGAAACCACUUAAAGUCAUAGGAAAAGUUAGAACAACAAUCAAGGUGUCAGACCGUGAAGAAACAAUGGACAUAUUUGUGGUAAAAGGUAAUAACCAAUCAUUACUAGGAUAUGAAACUUCAGUAAAGUUGGGACUCUUAAAAAUUGGGCUAAAUAUAAAUGAAAUAACGUCAAAAACUUUUCAAUACAAAAGUAAAUACCCAAAUCUGUUUAAUGGGAUUGGCAAGUUAAAAGGAAAACAAGUUCAACUGCACAUCAACGAAGUUAUCAAGCCAGUUGCACAACAACAUAGAAGGAUUCCAAUACAUUUGAGAAAGCAACUAAAAAAUGAACUACUAAGACUUGAAAAAUUAGACAUAAUUGAAAAAGUUGAUGGACCCCCUGGGUCUCCCCCAUAG